AAGAAAAAAAAUAAAAAUGAUCUGUCUGUCAUGCAUGUCAUUUGAUCAAUGUUAGGAAAAUUGAUAGGGAAUAUUAUUUGUUUCAAGAUUCAAUAAAAUAAUGGCUAGUAUAGAGCUAGAUAUAUGGCGAGGAGAAUGGGGUCUCGCCUCCAUCGAUUUAGAAUGUCUCAAAGUUUUAACGUAUAUGAAAUUUAUCGGAGUGCCAGUAAGAGUUCGAGAAGCUAACAAUCCAUUUUUCACGCCAAAGGGACGGCUCCCUGUUAUGAGGGACGGUCGCAAGCUACUUACAAAUUUUGAGGAAGUGGUUGAGCAUCUAAAAUCUCUGCAUUAUAGUACGGAUGUACACCUAAACACGAAACAGGCAGCUGAAGCUAGUGCAUUUACACAAUACUUACGAGAGAAGCUGUACCCUGCAUAUCAGUAUGCAUGGUGGGUGGAUGAGAAAAAUUACAGUGACCUUACAAGGCCGACAUAUGCCAAAGCACUCUGUAUUCCAUUCAACUUUUACUACCCAUCACGCUAUCAGAAUGCAGCUAAAGAAAUGAUAGACGCACUGUAUGGAGAACACACAGAUUUAAGGGAAAUUGAGAAAACUUUGUACAAUGAAGCAGAGAAGUGUCUUAAAACACUAUCGGAUAGGCUAGGAGAGAGUGAAUACUUCUUUGGAAACAGGCCCUCUUCAUUUGACGCGACAGUGUUUGCAUACCUCGCACCAUUGGCCAAAGCACCAUUCCCCAACUCCACUCUAGCAAAUCACGUCAAAGGCAUUGCAAACCUCACCAGAUUUGUUGCCAGGAUUAACCAGAAAAAUUUCAGGCAUGUUACAGAUGAAUACAACAGACAAAAUGCCAAGAAGCACUCAACGGGCACACAGUCGGAGCGCGAGGCUGCCAACUUCCCCAACCAGACACGCAACAAGAUCCUCGCAGCACUGUUCGCAGCCAUAGCCAUGACCGGCUAUGCUGUCGCCAAUGGCAUGUUCCAGGACCUCAAAGAUUAUGAACACUCGCGAGAGUACAACGACAUGUUUGAGAAUGACGAGGACGACAACUGACGCUGACUGCGGGUCGGCAGCGCACCCUCGCACCGCGGCGGCGUGGCCCGCCCGGCAACCAGCCGCCAACCACCCGGCAACCCCCCGCGACCACCCGGCAACCCCCCGCGACCACCCGGCAACCGCCCGCGACCACCCGCAACCCGCGCUCACACACACGCCUCUGCCGGGGUGCCGCUGCACCUCCCGUCCAAACCCGAGACAUGACCGUCACAGAACAUUAAAUAAAUAAGAUUGCUUGUCUCGAAUUUGGAUAGGACGUCGCGCACAUGCGUCCAUGCAUUUACCAGUAGUAGAGUCAGAAUAGAUAGCAGGUAGUUUUACGAUUCAAGUCGGAUGCUGUUUAUGCACUUACAAAAUGUUCCUAGGAGACUUUUCAAGUUCCCUACGUGUCUAUAUGUAUAUGUGUCUUACAAUAAGGUUGCGAGUUGCAGUUAUUAUAUAAUUCUAAACGUGUUGGUGGUUAAUAACUUUUGAUAUAGACUAGACUAGACUAGUCUAGCAUUAGACGUGGCUUUUUAGUGACUUGUAGAUGCUGCAUUUUGUUCCUAUUGUGUAGAAGAACUGCCUCACUUCAUUGUUAAAAAAAAAAGAGUGAAUUGCCUUUGAUUGCUAAAGCAUGGCGAUAUAAUAAUAGCUUCAAGUCACUAAACGCCAUGGUAGUCGCAGAAAUGUUUUAAUACAUAUCUGUUGAAUAAAGCACUGAGUCCAUAGGAUGUAUUUUAAAGACGCCAAUGUCUAGAUAUUUGAUUAUGCCUUAAAACUGUUAUAGGUCCCUUAUCUUUUGAUCAAUCAUCGUAUCUUCGAAAUCAAUCAUUCUAAAAUCCGAAGUUGACACUGAAAAAUAUAAAAGACGGAUUAUUUAUACUUUAGGCUCCCAUCGAAGGUUCGGGGAUUGAUAAAAAUGUAGGGUAACGUUUUUGAAACAAAAUAUAUUGGUACUUAUAGCAAUGGGAAUAGAGAGUAUUUUGCUAUGGACAUAGAAUUUCCUGAAGUGUUUGAGGCAGAACAAAUAUACGAGACAUAAGUCCACUAAGCUUCGGCUCUGUUUGUAGUGAGCGGUUCAGUAGUAAUUUUGGUUUUAUGAAUGAGAAUUUAUUUGUUGGUUGUUAACUUAUUCCGUGAAGCGUGAAUAAAAUGUGGUUCGUUAAU